UGUUUUCCAUGUCAAAAGAGAAAACACGUUUAACUGCUCCUAUUUAUAUCUGUCAGAAUUGUUUUGAUCUCGUAACAAGACGACGACGACGAGGCCGAAAAAACUCCGCCGAUCAACGGUGCCGCCGCGUGUCUCCUCCCUUCGAAUCCCCUUUCUCCAAAUUCAAUUCCAAUCCUCUCUCUAAAUUACGUAAUUCAAUCGGCAUCCCUUCCAAUUUACGCGAUUCCAGUAAAUUGAUCCGAACCAAACAGAUCGAUGGCAUCUUCUUCAGACUCAUGGGUCAAAGAAUAUAAUGAAGCAGUAAAGCUUGCUGAUGAUAUCAAUGGCAUGAUUUCUGAAAGGAGCUCUUUACCUUUGUCGGGACCAGAUGCACAGCGUCAUGUAUCUGCUAUACGGAGAAAAAUAACCAUAUUGGGAACUAGACUCGAUAGCCUGCAGUCCCUUGUCGGAAAGCUUCCUGGAAAACAGCCUCUAACAGAGAAAGAGAUGAAUCGACGGAAGGAGAUGCUUCUAAACUUGAGAUCGAAAGUAACCCAGAUGGCCUCGACAUUGAACAUGCCAACUUUGGCACACAGAGACAGCUUGCUUGGGCCAGAUAUUACGUCAGCUGAUGCCAUGAGCAGAACAACUGGCUUGGAUAACUCGGGCGUUGUUGGUCUUCAGAGACAAAUAAUGAGAGAACAAGACGAAGGCCUUGAGAAAUUGGAGGAGACAGUGAUAAGUACAAAACAUAUUGCUUUGGCAGUCAAUGAGGAACUUGACCUACACGCUAGACUAAUUGAUAACCUGGACCAACAUGUGGAUGUCACGGAUUCCCGAUUACAGCGAGUGCAGAAGAACCUGGCGAUUUUGAAUAAACGCACCAAAGGUGGUUGCUCCUGCCUAUGCCUCCUCUUCUCAGUGGUGGGGAUUGUGGUUCUGGUCUUUGCAAUAUAUUUGCUGGUUAAAUACUUGUAAUAUGAAACAAAAACAUCUUGCUCUGGAUGUUGUUGUAGAGCAAGAUGUUUUUGUGUCUUGGUGUGGAAGUGGCUCUUCUGAUUGCAUCUUAGAAACCUUAAUAUCUCGGUUUGUUUUCCGGAAUCCUUUCUUGCGCAGCAUUAAUGUGUUCUGUGUUUGUGAAGUGAAAUCGUAUUUAACAGCUGAACAAGUGUCACAGAACUUCUCAAUUAUUAAUGUUGAUUGUUUUUUGAAUUUUACGGCA